GACUGAUUAACGCCCAAUGGAAACGGACUGAAAUGAUCCCUCAGAGCUACAUCCUCCACUAUCAACUCUGGUAGAGACUAUGAUUCCACAAUUUGUACUAAAAGGCGAGUCAUUCGUGAGUUAAGCAUUCAACACUAUACCUAGCGAUUCCACCCGCCAUAUAAAUUACCUGAUUCCAUCAAGAAUCCAAACUAUCGGGCUUCAGUUGAAGGUCACGAAAAGGGUUAGCGACUUCAUCGACUCAAGCUGCACGAAGCAGACAACCAACGCCCCAGUAGCUGCUCGAACCUGCAGGUAUUGAGGAGUGGACGAAGGAUUUCGAGAGAAAUUCCAACGUCAAAAGAAUGAACCUAGGGAGAGAAGAAGACAAAAUGAUGUGCAUGACAAGGAUGAGGCUUUCUUCAUAACAAAUAAUGGGUGGUAGAGGAGUUAUUGGGGAUAAAUGGUCAAUGAGGAUUCUGUGGGCUUGUGCGAUUGGAAGUGCUCUAGGCCUGUGGAUGGUUGGUGUUGAAAGGCAGGCUCAGAACAGGGAACGGGCUAUGGCUGAAAGCUUGAAGGCUAUGGAUUCAGGUGCAGAUGGUCAACCCAGUGGUGAAGAAGUUUGAAUAAUUAACUAGAAUAGUUGAUCCCGGGCCUUUAUCCUUGAGACAUGACAAACCGUUUCUUUGGCUCCUUCCGUAGAACUUUUCUUUCCCCUUUCCUUGGUCUUUACUCUUUGAAGCGUCAUCCCUUUAGGUCGGGUUUCCAUGAGUACCAGAUGAUUGUUUCUCCAGCUGAAGCUUUCAUUCCAUGCAAUCCCUGGAGAACUUCUUGGGUCUUCAGGAAUUUGAGCCAUGGCUUAGUAAAUCUAGUCAUUUCUCAAGGGAAGCCCAAGUUUGAAAUGCAUGAAAUUGAGCCCCCGAAGAAGGAGAAGUGGAAGACCAAGAAGCGAUUAAAAUUGCAGCGAAAGAGA